AUGUUGAUGCAUUAUGGAAACUUUAUGUAUAUACACUUAACUUUUUUCAAGGGAUUUCCUAGCAAUUUACUGUAUUUUUAUAUGAACUUUUUUCCAUGCAAUAUUUGUAGUAAAAAAUGUGCGGUGGACUUUUUUCCUAUAAUUUUUGAUCCAUUAACUUUUUUCACCCAGUUUUUAAGAAAAAAUUUUGAUAAAACUAUUUUGCUAUCUUUAUUUAAGAGUUUGCAGCUUUAUACUUUGCUAUUAAUUAGACUUUUUUUUAUUUAA